AUGACUUUCUACCUCGUGACUUUCUGCUGCGUAUUUGCAGCUCUGGGGUCGUUUUUGUUUGGCUAUGACUCAGGCGUGAUUUCCUCCAGCAUCGAGCAAGAGGCCUUUCUUCGCCGAUUUGGAUCCCCAGGCCUGUCUGACGCGGCGGCUGGUGGAAUUAUCUCCUCGUACACAGGCGGCGCUAUCGUGGGCUCGGUCCUCGCCCCAUACAUCUCGGACUACUAUGGUCGCCGAAUGGUGAUUUUCAUCGGUGGACUGCUGGCGACCCUGGGCGCUGCCCUCCAGGGAGGUGCAGUGACCGUUGCGAUGUUGAUUGCGGGUCGAUUCAUCGCGGGGUUGGCAAUUGGUCAAAUGUCUGCCACUAUUCCCGUCUACUGUAGCGAGGUUGCUCCGCCGCAGAUUCGAGGGAUGCUGGCGAGUAUUCAGCAAUGGAUGAUUGGACUGGGAAUUAUGGUCGCUCAAUGGACGGGAUAUGGAUGCUCCCUUCGUGGUGGUACUUUCUCCUGGCGCUUUCCACUGUCUUUCCAAGUCGUUCCAGCCAUCAUUCUCACCUGUGGCGUUUGGUUCCUCCCCGAGUCGCCCAGGUGGCUUAUCGAAAAGGGCAGACAUAGCGAGGGCCGAUCUAUUCUCGCUCGACUGCAUCUCAACCGCAGUGCGACCAAUGAAAAAUUCCUCGAGGACGAACUCUCCCAGAUAUGCGACAGUCUAGAGUCGGAAAAGCAGUCCGCGGUGCGCUCUUGGCGCCAACUCCUCCGAUCCCCGCGCUGGCGACGUAGGAUCCUACUAGCCUGCGGCCUACAGGCUUUCACUCAGUGCUCUGGCACAAACGUCGUGCAAAACUAUGGUCCCCGACUCUAUAAGUCCUUGGGUCUAUCUACAACCAAAUCCCUGAUGAUCAUAGGCAUCUGGGGCGCCCUGGCGGUAUUCUGGAAUACCGUGUUCAUGUUAUUUAUCGACAAAGUCGGACGUCGAAAGCUACUCAUCCCAUCCCUGUUUGGCAUGGGAGCAGCGAUGUGCGUCGAGGCGACGCUUGCCCGAUACUUCGACUUCGACGAUAGUAACGCCAACCCCGAUGCCCUGCGCGCAGCCAUUGCCAUGUUCUUCGUCUUCUCGCUCUUCUUCACAGCUCUGGGGAUGAUCUCCUGGAUCUAUCAGGCCGAAAUCUUCCCCACGCCCAUCAGAGCGCGCGGCUCGUCAAUGGCAACGGCCACGAAUUGGAGCCUGAACCUGAUUUUCGCGCAGUGCUCUCCGAUUGCACUCACGAAUCUCGGAUAUAAGUAUUUCUACUGCUUUGUGGGAUUCAACUGGGCUGCUAUGAUUAUUGUCUGGCUAUACUACCCAGAGACUGCAGGUCGUUCUCUGGAGGAGGUUGAGGGGGUCUUCACGGUUGAAUUGACGGAGCAGGUUGAUCAACCUCCUGUUAGCGACAAUACCGUUGGCACUGCGGCGCGCUCUCAGAUUCGACGCAAGGGAUUACAUCCCCUGUCGAUGAAUCCUGCUUUCGAUACCAUGAGUAUUGAGAGUGGUAGGUGUGGAUCUGAAAAGGGAAUUGAGGUGAGGGAGAUCUGA